AUGGCCGCCGCGGUCGAGCUCGCGGGAACGAACCCCGCGGAGGCGGUCAAAGCCUACCGCGCGGUCGUGUUCUCCCCGAACGGCGCGGACACGGAGAGCGUCAAGGUCAAGGAGCAGGGCAUCGACGCGCUCUCGAAGCUCCUCGCGAAGCUCCAGGACGCGCCCGCGCUGAAACUUCUGCUCACGGAGCUCCGCCCGCUCUUCGCGGUCGUCCCGAAGGCGAAGACGGCGAAGAUCGUGCGCAACGUCAUCGAUGUCUUCGCGACCGUCCCGGGGUCCGACGACCUCCAGGUGGAGCUGUGCAAAGAGCAAGUCGCGUGGGCGAAGGAAGAGAAGCGGACGUUCCUGAGGCAUCGCGUGGAGUUGCGCCUGAGCACGCUCUACUUGGAGAAGAAGGCGUUCCAAGACGCGCUGAAGCUGAUCGGCGCGCUCGCGUUCGAGGUGAAGAAGUUAGACGACAAGCUCCUGCUCGUGGACAUCCACUUGCUCGAGAGUAGGAUCCACUACGCGCUGAGGAACAUGCCGAAGGCUAAAGCCGCGCUCACCGCGGCGAGGACGAACUCGAACGCGAUCUACGUCCCCCCCUCGGUGCAGUGCAUGAUCGACUCCCAGUCUGGCAUCUUACACGCGGAGGAAAAAGACUACAAAACCGCCUUCUCGUAUUUUUUCGAGGCGUUCGAGCAGCUGAACAACCUGGACGACGACGCGAAAGCCGUGAACGCGCUGAAGUACAUGCUCAUGUGCAAAGUCAUGUGCGGCGCCGCGGACGACGUGAACGCGUUGAUCUCGUCCAAGGGUGGGUUAAAGCACCAAGGCGAGGCGUUGGACGCGAUGAAAGCCGUGGCGCAGGCGUACAAGGACCGGUCCUUGAAAGACAUGCAGCGCGUGUUGGCGACGUACCAGGCGCAGCUGAGCGAAGAUCCGAUCAUCGCCGCGCACCUCGGCGCGCUGCAGGACUCGUUGAUGGAGCAGAACCUGAUGCGCGUGAUCGAGCCGUUCUCGCAGGUUGAGAUCGCGCACGUCGCGAGUCUGAUCGAACUGCCGCUGAGCGUCGUGGAGUCGAAGCUGUCGCAGAUGAUUUUGGACGGGAAGUUCGAGGGCAUCUUGGACCAAGGCGCGGGGUGCCUCAUCGUGUACGACGACGGGACGCCGGUGACGAUGUACCGCGCGACGUUGGACACGAUCGCGAACAUGGACAAGGUGGUGGACACCCUCCUGGUGAAGUCACAGAAGAUCGUCGCGUGA